GUAGAUAUGAAGCAGAAUAGAAGGAGAGUGAACUAAAAAAAGGAGUUAAAAAUGGCUAGUCAUAUAGUGGUAAAAGGUGAGCUUAAGAAUGGUUCUGAUGACUGCCUUGCGAGCUUGACUUAUUCGAAUUACCAAGGUGCUCCGGUAACGAUUAAAAAAGAUUCAUUACCCACUCCAUUUGCGCAGAAUAUGGUAGUCGACGGUCUGUACGGAGGCCUGGUGUAUGAUGUUGUUAGGGUGAAGUGGAUUAUUCUUUGGACCACUGAUUGUAAGGUGGCUACUAAGCUCAUUCCGACCGAAAACCAUAUUGUUUGGGAGGAUAUAGUGAGCAUCCUUCAGCCCUACGAGAGCUCUGACAACUUGCCCGUAUCAUGUGGGGGUGCAUUUUCCGCAGAAGCUCAUAUCCAUGCAAAUGCAGAUGGAUCUCUAAACCUGACAGCACAAAUCAUGUGGAGCGGUUGCAAGUAAAUCAUAUAUUGCUCCAUGCUUAUCUCUAUCGGUUUAUGCUGUGUGACCCAUGGAGGCUGUCUACUUCUUUAUAUUUAUAAUACUAUUAAAUAAAUUUGACAGCCACUUCUACCUUUCCUAUUCAACAUUGUGUGCCUUGUUUCUCCUUUUUCUUUACUUUUCUGUAAUAAUAUAUAUACACAAGAUUGUGUGAAUUAAUAAAAAAAUGUCUAUGUCUGUGUCUA